UGUGUGAGUGUUAAUAUGAAUAAUUUCUUUAAAAAAUAAUAAUCCCAAUGCUCUGUGUAGUUCUAUAAUAGGUCAUGUAGACGCAAAUCUGCGACGUCAUCGCCAAGCUGCCAAUCGGAAGCCAGUACAGGCAAAGCUUAAGAGCCCACUACUUCCCAACGACCCCGGAAGGAGAGCGAGCUGUAAAUGUGUGAUUGACUGUGCUGGUACUUGAUGGAAAUGCAAAGAACUUAGAAAAAUAAUGUUUCGGUGCAGUUGACAUCAUGUCUCCAGCAUUGGAGCAUUGGAGCAGCACCUUAUUGUCACAUGUAAACAUUGGGGCUUUGUUGUUUCUGUUUACGCUUUGUUGUUUAGCCAAAGUUCUUCAGAACCAGCGGCACCUCUCUAACAUACCUCCGGGCCCCAGACCGUGGCCGAUUGUCGGUAAUUAUGGCGGCUUCCUCGUCCCUUCUUUCCUUCGCAGGAGAUUCAGGCGAGGAGGUGGCGCGGUGAAAAACGCUAUCGUGCUUUUAACGGACCAAGCCAACAUUUACGGCAACGUGUUCAGUUUGUUUGUAGGCAGCCAGCUGAUUGUUGUGCUGAAUGGCUAUGAAGUUGUCAAGGACGCUCUGUCGAACCACGCAGAUGAUUUCUCCGACAGACCGGACAUUCCCACCGUCUCCAUCAUGACCAAACGCAAAGGAAUAGUAUUUGCACCUUAUGGGCCCAUAUGGAAGAAGCAGCGCAAGUUUUGCCACUCAGUGUUGAGAAACUUUGGUCUAGGAAAGUUGACCUUUGAACCUUGCAUCCAACAAGGCCUGGCGACUGUGAAAACAGAGUUGCUGCGGCUGAAUGAAGAGUCCGCCAGCCGCGGUGUGGAUCUUGCCCCGCUGAUACGAAAUGCAGUGUCAAAUGUUAUCUGCUCACUGACCCUGGGUCAGCGCUUCCAUCAUGAAGACCGCGAGUUCAGUGCAUUGCUGGACUUGAUGGACCGUGGCCUCGAAAUCUGUGUGAACAGUGCUGCAGUCCUCAUCAACGUUUUUCCUUUUCUCUACCAUUUGCCCUUUGGGGUGUUCAAGGAGCUGAGGCAGGUAGAAAGAGACAUCACUGUGUUUUUGAAGGGCAUUAUUACAAAACACAAAGAAACACUGGAUUGUGAAAACCCACGGGAUCUUGUAGACAUGUAUCUAAUAGAGAUGAUGGCCCAGAAAACUACUGGGCAGGAAGACAGCAGUUUUACAGAGGAUUAUCUCUUCUACAUUGUUGGAGAUCUGUUCAUAGCUGGAACUGACACCACCACCAAUUCUAUUCUGUGGACCCUGCUUUACAUGGUUUUGUACCCCGAUAUCCAAGAGAAGGUCCAGACGGAGAUCGAUGAAGUUGUGGGGAGACAUCGGGUUCCAUCACUGACGGAUAAGGGACAUUUACCUUUCACCGAAGCGACUAUUAUGGAAGUGCAGAGAUUAGUUGUUGUGGUUCCUCUGGCUAUUCCACACAUGGCCUCCAAGACGACAGAGUUCAGAGGCUUUACUAUUCCCAAAGGAACAGUUAUUUUGCCCAAUCUUUGGUCUGUGCACAAGGACUCCACCCAGUGGGACGAACCAGACAUUUUCAACCCUCAACGUUUCCUGGAUGAUGAGGGAAAGUUGUUCAGGAAGGAGUGCUUCAUGCCAUUUGGAAUAGGACGCAGGGUGUGCAUGGGUGAACAGCUGGCAAAGAUGGAGCUGUUCCUGACAGUCGCCUCUUUACUCCAAGCCUUUACAUUUAGACUGCCCGAUGGAAAACUUCCUCCUCCUCUGCAUGGACGCUUUGGUCUCACUUUAGCGCCGUGUCCGUUCACAGUAUGUGUGAGUACUCGUGGUGGAGUUUUAUAAAUGGGUUUACAGUGGCGACGGUUUAUUGAUGUGGAGCAUCUUUAAAAAGAGAGGAUCAGGGCAACAAAAUAUGCUAGUUAAACAACAACAAUGAAAAUAGAAAAAUAAAAACCCUUAAUAUGACUUUAUAUAAAUUAUAUAUAUUUUUGGUAUAACAUCUCAAAAGAAGACAUAAGCCAUUAUUGUGUCAGUUUCAGACAGGUAUUUCUUGAGUUGUGAAUUUGUCAGGGAUCUUUCAAGCAAGAUGAAUGGCUGCCAGCACGAUCUGGAAACAAAGGAAAUGUGACGCAGAUAAAUCCACUGAUAUAGUUGUCUAAAAAAAUCAUAAUCAUAAUUAUACUGAGCCUUUCGGUUUGUCCGAAGAAUCCAAAGAAUAAUUCUAAAUAAAAGAGCAGACACUCAUCUCACUAGAUUCUGCCUGUUUGUCAGCCAUGCCCACCUGUAAAAUAUUUUAUAUUAACAAGACAGUUAGUCUACAUUAGUUGCACUAAUGAAAAUAAUCAACAACAACAAUAAAAGUUCACCUUGUCUUAUCAAAUCUAGUAGUAGAAUGUUGCUGUCAGACCGAAGACUGCUCUUAUAUACAGAACAGAAACAGAAUCAAUGUUGAAGUCAUGUGACGGUGAUAGAAAAUGGAAAAUUACAGCUUCAUGAAGUGUUAAAUAUCUCAUAGAAAUGUCCUCUGUCUACUUUAUUGGGUUCAUUAAUAUUUUAUGUCUGUUUUACUUCCUCUGUUUAUGUAGUUCAUCCUACACCAAUUGUGAUGGUGAAUUUUAUAACUGUCCAUUGAAAUACUAUACAUAAUAAAUGGUACAAUGGCUGCUACGUCUGGUCGUUUUGGCAACAGGUAACAAUCAACAGUCAUGUAAGUUCUCUCUGCUCUUUUGCUUGGACAUUACCUUUGCUCUGGCUUAGGUUUAAACAUUUCUCAAGCUAACCAUUUUAUCUUGAGUAAAUAUGAGCAUUACUGUUUAUAGUUAUUGUUUACAAUUAUUAUUUUUAGUAUUUAUCAUGCAGAUUAAUGCUGUAACACACACAUUUUCAUUAUUUUCAUCUAUAAAGAAGACAAACCAUCA